AUGUGUGGCGUCAUCUAAAUGGGACGCAGUUGUGUAAGGACAUGUUAGCCGUUUUCAUAAACAAUUUGUACUAGUCUCGUGAAUACAUACACGUACACAUGCAAAGGAUGUUAGCUUGUAAGGGUUCAGGCACUGGCGUAACCGCACUCCGGAUUCUUUGCAGAAAUCAGGCUGCCGUCCUUGGGCAAGCGUGGAGGUGUCUGUCCACCCAAACUGACGGAGAAGUCCGCAUCGCCAAAGUACUCAGGGAAAAGUUUCCACAAGCGUCAUCGCUGAAAGUUGUGGAUAUAUCUGGCGGCUGUGGGGCCAUGUACGAAGUUCACAUAGAAUCUUGUGAGUUCAACGGGAAGAGGACUGUUCAGCAACACCAGCUUGUCAAUCGGGCAUUGAAGGAGGAGAUUCAAGGAAUGCAUGGACUAAGAAUAUUCACAGAUAUUCCAAAACAGUAAUUCCACUGAAGCAAAAAAUAACUUCAAUGUUCAUAAUUCAUGCUAUGAAUCAACAAUGUAGUACUGUAAUUUCUCGUGUAUAAUGUGCACCCAUGUUUAAUAUGCACUCCCAAAGUUGACCUCAAAAUUCUGGAAAACCCUUCUACCCAUGUAUAAUGCAUUUUUACAAUGCAUGAUUUUGCUUCUACCCAUAUGAUUAAAGCAUGAAGUCCGUCCAUCCAUCCAUUUUCUGAGCCGGUUCUCCUCACUAGGGUCGCGGGCGAGCUGGAGCCUAUCCCAGCUCUCAUCGGGCAGGAGGCGGGGUACACCCUGAACUGGUUGCCAGUCAAUCGCAGGGCACAUAUAAACAAACAAAGAUUCACACCUAUGGGCAAUUUAGAGUUGUCAAUUAACCUACCACGCAUGUUUUGGGGAUGUGGGAGGAAACCGGAGUGCCCGGAGAAAACCCACGCAGGCACGGGGAGAAUCAGAAUCAUCUUUAUUUGCCAAGUAUGUCCAAAAAAACACACAAGGAAUUUGUCUGCGGUAGUUGGAGCCGCUGGUAAUGCCAGUACAUUUAUUUUUUUUUUUUGCAAACUCCACACAGGCGAGGCCCGGGAUUGAACCCUGGUCCUCAGAACUGUGAGGCAGACGCUCUAACCAGUCGUCCACCGUCCCACCUAAAACAUGGAAGUAUUAUCUGUAUUUUGUUUCGUUUUUUUCAAAGAAUUUUUUUCAACUUUAUUUGAACACGUAAUCCUUUUUUUUAAUUUAUUUACUUGCUUUCAUUUUGAAAUUCACAGCCCUACUUUUAUUUAGUAAAUUAGUAAACACACAGUUGUGCUCAUAUGUUUGAUUACCCUGGCAGAAUUUGUAAGAUGGGUACAAUUCUUGAAAGAAAACAUGAAGGACCAGAUGAAACACAUUUAAUUUUAUUUUAAUGAGAUUCAAAUUAAAUGGUCGAGCAUUUCAGAAAAGCAUUAUCAUUCAACAAAUCAUAACCAUAAAAAAAUGAAUGAUGGUUGUUGUUCAGUCAUCAGUCAUAUUUAAAGAAACAAAACAAUAUUUGACAAAUUCUGCCAGGGUAUGUAAAUUCAGGGGCACAACUGUACACAUAUGCAGUCAUAUGUACCCCUGUCAUAUUGGAAUGAAAGUGUAGGCUACACGUUUUUUAUAACCACUAGGUGGCGGUGGAAUUUUGGAAUGAAAGUGUACAGCUUUUUCAUAACCACUAGAUGGUGGCAUACAUUUAUAUAAUGUGAAUGUUUUUUUCCAUUUGCCCCUAUACCUAUGUAUAAUGCGCACUAUUGACUUGACAAUUUUUUGGGGGGGGUUGGGGGAAUGUGCACUAUACACGAGAAAUUACGGAUAAUUAUUCAACAAUGUAGUACGGUAGUUAUUGUCUAGCUCAGUGGUUCUCAGAUCAAAUGUAUUUUACUUAAAAGUCAACUACUAUGGAGCUGUACUUGCAUGUACUUUUCUGGAAUCUGGAUUCAAAAAAAAAAAAAAAAGAAGGCUUAAACUUUAAGCCACUGUAAUUGUAACUGCACAGUUUUGUACAUGGUGAUUCGUUAGCGGACCACACUUUGAGAACCACUGGUCUAGCUAAUCACUUAGUACAAGUAUAAAUGUGAAAUUCAUGCAAAAUUGAAUAAAUUUCCAAUGCCAUCAAAAUCCA